CGGCAGCCGGCGGAUUCCCCUCGCUCGCAUCGCAUGGAGCGCGUCUUCUCCGUCGAGGAGAUCCCCGACCCGUACUGGGCCCAGCCGUCGCCGCGGGGCCCGGCCGGCGCGCAUCCCGGCGGAGAGGGCGCCAUGAACCGCUGCCCCUCCGAGUGGUACUUCCAGAAGUUCCUCGAGGAGGCCGUGCUCGACAGCCCCGCCGGGGACAACAACCCUAGCCCGAUGACGGGCACCAGCGGGGCCGCGAUUGGAGGGGACCCCGCGGAGGUCAAGCAGCAGCCCGCCGUGCCGGCGGCCGCGACCAGCGCGGUGGUGGACCCGGUCGAGUACAACGCCAUGCUCAAGCAGAAGCUCGAGAAGGACCUCGCCGCCGUCGCCAUGUGGAGGGCCUCUGCUGCAAUGCCUCCAGAACGUUUUGCGGCUAGUACCUCGUUGCCAAAUGCAGAUGUUCCACAUAUAGGAGCUAUUAAUCCCAUACCAGGUAAUGUGGUUCCAGUUCAAAACAAGCUAGUUGGUGGUGCAAGUGGGGGGUCGGGUCCACAUUUGGUACAAAAUGUUGAUGCUCCUGUAAAGCAAGCCGCAAGCUCUUCAUCGCGGGAGCAGUCGGAUGAUGAUGAUAUGGAAGAAGAUGAGAUUACUGGGAAUGCGACCCCUACUGAUCAAAGACUACGGAGGAGGAAGCAAUCCAAUCGGGAAUCGGCCAGGCGUUCGAGAAGCAGAAAGGCAGCUCACUUGAAUGAGCUAGAAGCACAGGUAUCACAGUUAAGAGUUGAAAACUCCUCACUGAUAAGACGACUUGCUGAUGUUAAUCAGAAGUACAAUGGUGCUGCUGUUGACAAUAGGGUAUUGAAGGCAGAUGUGGAAACUUUAAGAGCAAAGGUGAAGAUGGCAGAGGACUCGGUGAAGCGGGUGACAGGCAUGAGCGCUUUGUUCCCUGCCGCCUCUGACAUGUCAUCCCUCAGCAUGCCCUUCACCGGCUCGCCGUCUGAGGCCACCUCUGAUGCUGCCGUCCCAGAUGACCUAAACAAUUACUUCGCAACAAACAGUGAAGUUGGAGGUCACAACGGAUACAUGCCUGAGAUGGCUUCCUCGACACAGGAGGACGACAAUUUCAUCAAUGGGGCCCUGGCUACCGGCAAGAUGGGCAGGCCUGACUCGCUGCAUCGGGUGGCAAGUCUGGAACACCUCCAGAAGAGGAUGUGUGGCGGUCCAGCCUCAUCUGGGUCAGAAAGCCCCAAGAAAUGAUUAUUGGGCAGACAUAUCUUGGUGGACAUUGAUAGUCCUGUGUUAUAUUUGUUUAUUGGCUGUUACCUCUAGCGUCCUUGUCUCUUAUGUUCUGAAAACACAGCAGAUUUAGUAAAUUUGGAUUGCUGGUUUCAUUCACCA